AUGGAAGGCACAGAGAUGAUGAAGCUUGCCAGAUUCUCUAGCUGUCGUGGUGUUGCAUUCGAGAUCAAUCCAAAUAGAACCAAUCCUUUUGCAAUAAUGGGGUUGCCGGGUCCGGCGCCGCCGCGGCCACCAUCGCCAACGCAAGAUAGAAUCGGAGCUAACUUGACAUGGCUUCCAUGGAGUCGGAACAGUUCUUUCAAGAUAGUCCCUCGGUCUCACUACUCAGUUAGCCCGAGUCGAAGCCGAGCCAGCAGCCACUUCUGUGACAUUGAGAUGGAUGAAGCAGACGAUGAGGUUGAGGUAGAGCUCAUAGCAGAAGUUGUGGAUGUAGGGACACCAGAGAAGGUUAAGAUUGCACCGCCAAAGAAUGAGAAAAUGUCAAGGUUGUCUGUGAUUCUGCUUGAUCAGGGCUUCACGGCGUACAAGAUCUUAUUCUUGGUUUGUUUGAGCUGGAACAUGGUUGCUUUGGCUCUUGCAGCUUCAGGCUAUUUCCAAUAUGGGCGAGACAGAGCCACAUUCUUCUCCAUUGCCAACAUUUGGGCUCUAACUUUGUGCAGAAGCGAGGCAUCACUAAGAUUAAUCUUCUGGUUCGUUGUGAAAACUCUUGGUAGGCCCAGUGUUCCUCUCAAAGUCAAAACUUUGAUCACUUCCUUACUUCAAAGCGUUGGAGGAAUUCACAGUGGUUGUGGGGUUUCUUCCAUAGCUUGGCUUGUCUAUUCUCUGGUCCUUACAAUAAAAAACAAAGAACAAACUUCCCCAGAGAUUAUCGGAUUGGCUUUUGCGAUUCUCACUCUGAUUUCUCUAUCUUCCCUCGUCUGGCUCUUCAUCAUCCUCUUCAUGAGCUAUGAGCCUAGUUCAAAAACCUACAAUGUAAGCAUCUCUGUGUUCAUAAAGAGACAAGAGUUUUGGUUCACCAUAGCCAUAACCAUCCUCAUUAUCAUACCUUGGUUAACUGUAAGAAAAGUUCAAGUAAAAGUGUCAGCAGCAUCAAGCCAUGCUUCGGUUAUAAAAUUUGAAGGUGGGGUUAAACCAGGACUACUAGGAAGAAUCAGCCCAUCUCCAUUAUCAGAAUGGCACGCCUUUGGGAUCAUAUCAGAUGGGGAAAAUGAACACAUAAUGCUGGCUGGUGCAGUAGGAGAUUACACCACGUCUUUAAUCUCAAACCCACCAAGCCACCUUUGGGUUCGAACCAUGCACUUCGCUGGCUUGCCUUAUCUGAUAAACCUGUACCAGAGGGUGGUUUUGGUGGCUACUGGUUCAGGGAUUUGUGUGUUCCUAUCGUUCCUGUUACAACCAUGCCCAGCAAGUAUGUUUCUAGUAUAUUCAAAAGAGAAGAUGAUUGUUCAUGACACUGCAAUUAGUGGGAGGCCUAAUGUGGGAGAGAUGAGUGUGAAUGCCGCAAUUAGAUGGGAUGCUGAAGUGGUAAUUGUUACUAGCAAUCCUGAAGGAAGUAGAGACGUUGUUAGAGCUUGCAAGAAGGCUAGGAUCCCAGCUUUUGGACCUAUUUGGGAUUCUUGA